CUAUGACAUAGAAGUAUGCGAGGAUUGUGAAUGCGACAGUCUUAAAAUAAGUAACACCUACGAUGAUUUAGACCAGCCACUUGUUAGAACCGAAAGACCCGAUUGUGGACGAUACAGUUACAACUAUUUGUACGAGUAUCUCUUUUUCGUCGGUUGGAGCGAAACGAUUUUUAAAAAAGUUCCAGGAUCGAUUGCCUACAUUCGUUUCGUGUCGGAUGAUACUGAAAAUUACAAAGGAUUCAAUCUCACCUUUAUGGCUGGCUCAAGCCCAGGUAAGGGGUAAAUGAACCAACCAAUAAAAGAGACCUUGUUUGAUGAUGAACGUAGCAACUUAUUAUGUCAUAGGAUGCAAAUAUAAUUAUUGCUGGUAUUUCAUUAUACGUUUUAGUCCUUUGUUCCCUUUCCUUAUCUUAUUUGUUUUAAGUCGCGACAAAACCGCCUUACUAACUAUGUUAUUCGGAAACAAGACUGUCUCUUUAUACCGAGGUUCGAUUUCAGAUAUAUGAGACAAUAACUCGCAAUUCGAGGCUCAUCUCUAAGGACUCUUGUUAUCUACCACGACAAAUUGGCAGUGGUGUCCAACUUUAAUAAUUAUAAAGAAGUGCGUAAAUGCUUGAGAAUGUUUCAGAUAUAAUGUUCAACUGUAUAGCGUUAAUUAUUCUAAAAUUAAUCAUCAUAAUAAAUUUGAUGCUUUACGGUACCUUCAGUUUUAAUAUAAACAAUUCUUAUUUAUCUUAGUUUUACUUAAUAGACACACGAACCCACAAGAAAGUGGCUUUCAGCUUUUUGUUUCGUAUUUAAGGUUCUAUCUAUCUAUCUAUCUACCUACCUGUCUAUCUAAUUAUUACUAAACAAGACCAAAACAAAAGCAAGGAAAAAUGAAAGUAAACGUGCUGAAAAGGCAAUGGAAAAAGUACUUUUUAGGCAGUAAAAAGAAAGCUUUAUUUACUUUUCAGAGGGUCUCUCAAACUAUCUCAAAGUAUCCGAAGACGAAACUAUUGCAUUUGGCACGCCAAAGGCUGGGGCCCAGAAUUACCCAUCAAAUUACACAGAGCAGUGGUUCUUAAUUGUUCCUGAGGGAAGGCAAGUCCAGAUAGACCUCGACACGUUUGAUCUGGAGGAUAGUAAAGACUGCAGAAAUGAUUACAUUGAGUUCCGUGAAGCAUAUGUUACGGCUGAAGAUCCCAGAACCAUCGCUGGUCAGUACGGUCCAAUACUGUCCAAACGAAUGUGUGGAAAAACCAAGCCAAGUUCAAUACGGAGUAAAGGAAGCAUUGUCUGGGUUCAGUUCAAAAGUGACAGCAACUCUUUCACGGUUUACAAGGGAUUCAAAGCUUCAUUUAAAGCAGGUUUGUAUUAAAUCACCGCUGGUUUUUAUCAUUAUCAUUUUUAUGUUACAUGAUAUUUAGGGGAAACCAGCCUUGGUAAUAAAUAAAGUAAACUGGACUUCGUUUUUGUUAUUUUUUUAAAAAAGCUGUUACCUAUUUUCUUAGUCUUCCUCUCUACUAUGUAAGUCUGACAGUCCAAGACGAGACUUCCCCUUUCUUUCCAGAUAAUACGCUGGCUCCUUACCCUCCCCUGAAAGCUGUAAAACGUAAUUGGCGCGGAAUACGAGGCUUUAGGCUUAUAGCCGUCAUCCGAAAGCCACAGGAGGCUAAUCGUUCGCAGAUGUCAUGUUUAAGAUGGCACAUUUUACUACGUUAUUUUAAAGUAAGGCCUCACUCGUUGAGCAAGUUGCCAUCAAACUGAUGAAAAUGUCUUUAGCUAUGAAUAUUACUUAAAACAAAUAAGAUAAGGAAAGGGAACAAAGGACUAAAAUGUAUAAUGAAAUACCACCAAUAAUUAUAUUUGCAUCUUAUGACGUUAUAAGUUGCUACGUUCAUCAUCAAACAAGGUCUCUUUAAUUCGCACGAACCUUGUAGGAGUAGUAACCAUAAAGUGUCAUAUGAUGCAAUGACGCAGCGUGCGUAAGAAUGCAGUUUCAAAAUGGUUGAUAUCUUUAAAUUUUUCUUCCAGUGCUUGUUCACUUUCAGACAAAAUAUUGUACCAAAAUGUGGUAAAGCACCCGUCGUUAUUAUUCGCCAGGGGAGGGGAGGAAGGGGGUCGGAGAAUUUUGGUUGUGUCACGAUAACAUUUUCCUAAUGACCCCAUGAGGCUCUGUAAUAUUCUAAUUGUCCCACCGCCCCACCCCCAUUGGCAGUUCGUUGGCAGUCAACUUUCUAUAGGCCCCCCCUAAAACUCUGUCGGCGAUGACUGAUCCUUCCUGCCUUCCCCUUGAAAACCAUGUGAUCCCCUUCAAAAUUCUCGCCCCCCACCCUUUCCUCGGGUGAUAAUAAUGAAUGGCCCUUGACAACAAUAAAAUAACACUCAAGCUGCAGCAAAGUGUAUACAUAAAUGAUAAAUAUCUUGUUUUGACACCUAUCGUUUUGAUUUUUUUAUUUUGUAGGACAAGGAAGAUUGUCUGUCAGCAACCCGUCGACGCUUCUUUUCGCCUCAGUUCUGAUGAUAGUUGCGUCAAAGAACAACUUGUUCUAAUCCCAUCAAGUGUGUUUGAGUUUGAUCCAACUCUUUUGUGUUGAGUCGUUUUCAUUAUAUGCUUUUAGUUUGAAUACCUUGCACCAUAUAGGCGUAACUCUUGAAUAAUACCAAAAAA